AUGCAGCCUGACGAUCCAUCCGACACAACCCAGCGUGAAAUGUACUUGCUGUCGUUUAAGCCCCACAAGACACGCCACUUUGGCGCAGACGCCACCAUCGAUCUUUUAGAUGACUUGCUUGACAUGUACGCAAUUGAAGCGUCUCAGUUAUGCUUUCUAGUUGGUGAUAACGCGAGCGUCAACGUUUCUAUCGGCGAGAAGGUGAACGUUCCACUCGUGAGUUGCGCUAGCCACCAUCUACACCUCGCCGCCGAGAAGCACCUCCAGCCGUACACUGAGCUGUUUGACAAGGUCUUGUUCGCGAUGAAGUGUUUGAGGACGGAUAAGCAACGUGCAGUUCUCCGCGAGGAGGAUUUACUCAUGCCGUAA